CCUUCAACUGGUUAUGGUCCUGGUUGUCAUUGUCAAUCUCUGAAUCUCUGUGCUAAUUUUUUAGUGUAAAUGGCUUCAUUGUAGAUUUUGUCAACAUAAAAUUUAUGGUUAAUGCUGUGAAACAGUUUGUUUCUUCUGAAAAAUUAAAUGUGUACAUAAAAUAUCAACCAAUAUUGUGCACUCAAACAUGGGUUUGUUUUCAACAACAUCGCCCUUCGAUGCAGACGUAGAGAAGGCUACAGACGAGAAAAAUACUACAGAAGAAUGGAGUGUUAUAAUGGAAAUUUGUGAUAAGAUUGGCAACUCGUCACAAAAUGCUAAAGAUUGUCUUCGGUCGAUUGUCAAAAGAUUAAAUAACCCAGAUCCACACAUAGUAAUGCAAGCAAUUACGCUGCUGGAUGCUUGUGUGAACAAUUGUGGCAAGGUUUUUCACUUGGAGGUGUCGUCGAGAGAUUUUGAGACUGAGCUUCGCAAGUUGCUGACCAAGAGUCAGACUAAGGAGGUGGCUGAUAAACUUCGCCAGUUGCUCAAGAAGUGGGCGGAGGGAGAGUUCAAGACGGACGCUCAACUGAGCCUCAUACCUCAUUUAUACAACAAGCUCAAGCAGGAAGGACAUGACUUCUCGUCUUCUUCAGAUCCGUCCCCUAAGGCUGCCCGCAGUUCACUUCCGAAGGAUCCAAAUGCAGUGUCUAGUCAACAAGAAGUCGAUGACAUAGCCAAAGCGAUAGAACUCAGCUUGAAGGAGAGCCAGUCACCUAAAUACCAAGGAAGCAGUGCAUCAGGAGGGGGUAGCAGUAGUGGUGGUGGGGGAAGUCUUUACCCGUCAACUACCCUUGGGUCUACCACAACUGCCGAGCCACGUAAAGUCCGGGCGCUUUACGAUUUUGAAGCUGUUGAAGACAACGAACUCACAUUCCUUGCCGGCGAAAUCAUCCAUCUACUCGAUGACUCCGACCCCAAUUGGUGGAAGGGCUACAAUCAGAGAGGGGAAGGACUGUUUCCUGCUAACUUUGUAACUUCGGAUCUGACUGUGGAGCCUGAAAAAUUCAAGGAACCCAAGAAAGGUGUUCAGUUCAGUGAGGUCGUCCAGGUGAAAACCCUCAAACCCGUUGAACAGGUUGAGAUUGAAGAGGAUAAAAUUGACAAGCUGCUACAUAUGCUGCAUGAAGCUGAUCCGACUGAUUUGGAAAACGAUCCAGAAGAGUUGCUUCAGUUAGAAGAGCAAGUGAACGCUAUGGGUCCCCUGAUAGACUCUGAGUUGGAGCGAGUGGACCGUAAGCAUGCGCAACUCACACAAGUCAGUUCCGGACUGGUGGAGGCCCUCAAUCUGUACCACAUGUUGAUGAGGGAGCCACAGUCGCAGUUCACUCCCAAACCUGUCCAACCAUUCCCUCAACACCCGAUGUACGGUCGUAUGAGUGGUCCUCCAGGGCCAGUCUAUUCGAUGCCCCCUGGACCCGAGUAUGUCAUGGGGCCCCUACACCACAUGCCCCCGAUGGGGCCCCCAGGUCCCCCGCUUUCGGGGCCUUACUCUUUACAAGGCCCCCCAGGAUCUCGUCCGGAGGAAUUACAAGGACCUCCAUCUCUGCCCCCACAGUCAAUGCCGUAUCCAAAUUGCUAUGGAGCCCCGUUUCCAGGUAGUGGCCCCGUCAUGGGUCCCCCACCCGGUGGUCCAUUCCCCCCACCACCCAACAGCCAACCAUUAUGAAUCCUAAACCAAGUGUAAAUAUUACUACAGCAGCACUCAUGUACAGCCUAGCAUUUCAUAUCAACAUUUCAAUGUAGAACCAAAAAUGUUUUGUAUUAUUCUGGAUCAGUAAAAAAAUAUUGUUACCUUAUUUCUCCAAACAUAAAUUUUUCCUGUAUAUUUAUGUUAUCAUCGGUGCAUUUUGAAUUGACAUGUUAGACGGGAUAGGUCUGAGCUUUGCUUUUGUUCACUGUUUGUAGAAUUGUACAGCAACCAUUAUGAAAUUGAUCAUUGUUUUAUUAUAAAAGCGAUUGUGAUUUUGUAUAAUGUUAUUUUAAAGGUAUAGUUUAAUAAAACUUAAUAUAAUAUAAAUAAAUUAUGUAUUAAAUUUU